ACUGCAGCGGGCGAGCUCACGGCUAAACUUGCUUUCGAGAGAAGGAAAGGCGCAUUUUCUCCGAAAAUGCUCAAAAAGAAAUCAAGUAGCGCUGAGAAGAAAAGGAAACACUCGCAGUCCGAGGAGCGACACGACAACAGCAAACGCAGAAGCACGGAGUCCAACUUGGAGCAGGACUCUAAAGAUGAACUCGCUGACCCAGAGCUGGACAGGAUUGGCAGUGACAUCGAGGACGGGGGACUUGACCUCAGCCUGCCAUUCCAGCCCAUCACUGCUUAUGUUGCCGACAAGCGGGAGAUGCUGGAGCAGUGUCUCCACGUGCUGGGUGACAAGAAGCUUCGCAAAAUGCUGCCCGAUGAACUCAAGGACUGUAGUUUAGAGGAAAUCAAAAAGCUGUGCUGGGAGCAGCUGGAGCCGAUCUCAGAGAAAAAUCUGACUCAGAUCUUAGCAGGGGAAGAACUGACAUCUGGAAAUGACAAUGAAGAGACAGAAGAGACCUUGGAAAGCCAGCAAGUCAAUAAUGUGGACUCUACAUCUUGCCUCAAAGAAACUGGAAAAACUGAGGACCCCAAGCAAGAGGGUGGUGGUUCGAGUGAGGAGAGUGACGUCCUAAGCAUAAACGCAGACACUUACGAUAGUGACAUUGAGGGACCCAAAGAGGAGCAGACUGUUAAAGCUGUGGGCGGGGCAGCGAAAGUAGCUGACGGCAGCAGGGAAGGCGCUGACCCAGCUGUAAACCCUGACCCAGCAAAUCCUGAACCCCUCACAGGCUCUCAGCCCACAGAAGCAAAGAAAGACAUCCAAAGCGACAUAGACAAAAGUGUUAGUGAGAUUUUAGCGUUGUCGUCCACGUCAUGCAAAGUGGUCGCUGAGGAGGUUCAGAGCGUGCCCCAAGAUGUGUCCAAAGAUGGUAGCUCACCCGUUCAAGGCGCACCUGUUUCAAGUCGUGCACCUGCGGUAUGUCAGCCGUCGAUUCAGCAGCUGGAGCUUCUGGAGUUGGAAAUGAGGGCGAGGGCCAUCAAGGCCCUGAUGAAAGCAAGCGAUGGGAAAAAGCUUUGCAUGACAAAAAAUGUUUAGCAUGUUGUGUUUGUUAUUUUUGUUAUGGUUUAGACUCUUAAAAUGAUUCAACUCACAGAUGAAUAACUUUUUUGUUUGUGGUUGAAUGCUACAGUUGACAACACUGAUUUUCUCUUUUUAACCCCUGAUUCAUUUUUCUGAGGGGACCGUUCAAACCUGUUGUGUAUUUACUCCAUAUUGGAAUGAUAUUACAGACUAUUUAAUGUGAAAAUUAAAUGCAUAAGGCCUGGCCUUCACCGUCUGAAUGAAUGUCUUGUGGGAUGAUUAACUGAUGGUAUGUAUCUGUAUUUUUGUCUUUGGUCACUAGAUGGCAGUGUUAGUCUGCCACAGUACAUCCACAGUGCUCUGUCUCAUAUGUGCAGAGGAGAGCGAGGGAUGAUUUAUUUGCUCACAUUACAAUCAAAAUCGUCAAGGAAGCAUGAAAGUCAAGUUUUCUUGGUAAUGAUGUUUUUUAGUAAUGCAGUUAGGUUAAAAAUUGUGGGGGAGGUUCUUGUGUCAGUGCUGGAGGAUGUGAGAAGGUAUGUUAUUGAGUAUGUAGGCCGAGCUUUGCAAACCAAAGUCGGUGGCAGCAGUGUUGUACCAUGAACAGUAGACACAGCUGCUACAUUUCUUAACUGAACACCUGUUUGACUUGCCAGGCUGAAGUAUGCAUAUUAAUACCACGUACUGACAUCAAAUGGGUAUCAGUUAGGCGAAGAGAACAAAAAAAUGUCUGCCCCUGGCGUUGCAGAUAAAAGACAGACAAAUUCAUGAAUGAAGUAAAUCUUAAGAUAAUUAGACCAGCUGUCCUCAACUAUACAUCAAGUUAAAGAACUUUCCUGUAUUAUCCACCAGAGUAACUUUAAAAAUCUCUCUCUUUUUUUGUUUUCUGGACCCCUAUGUAGUGGCUAGAAUUAAUAGCAUGCUAUAGCCUCGUAUUGUUUUUGCUUUAAUUUGUUCUGAAGGCACUUUGUUCCCCUAUAAACUGUAAGGUUGCAGUGUGUGUAUGCGUGUGCAAUUACAUGCAGAUGCAGAGCAAAACAGCUCUCUGCCGCACCACCCCAAAGGAGACAAUGACAUGUUCGAUAAGAAGCCAGUUGCCUCUUGGGUAUUUGCAUUUAAAGGGGUUAUUUCAUAGGAGGUAUGAGGGUGGGGAGUGUUCAAUGCGCCAUUCUCUGUGCAUUCAUGUGCAGGUAUCUUUGUACUCAUUGAUGAUUCGAAGAGGAAAAUGUCCACUUUAGUAAAAAGGGAUGUAACAAUUCUAAAGUGCUCGUGGUGACUAUGAUUGGUGAGUAUUUAUUGGUGUCAUUUUACUGCUAUUAGAAUGCCAAUUAUGAUUUGGUGUGAGCAGAUAAAUGGCUUUUUAAGCAAAAUGAGUGGGCUGAAAAAUGGAUUGAUGGAGGGGAGAUGAUACUGUUUUGUUGAGGGAGUACUUUGUGAUUUUCAAAUGAGCCUUACGAACCAUGUCAAGAUUUCGAGGUGCGACGCUUCCAUGAAUGGUGCUAUUGUGAAAGUCAAAAACAAGGUUGUGCAAAAAGUUCUCGUGUCCACUGGUUCAUCUGUUUAACAGCAAGCCAUUUCCUCAGUGUUCAAACCAAGCCUGUGGUUGGUCAAAGCUUUAAGAUAUUAGAUUCUUCUUAG